GAUACGUCGUUUACGACCUAUUAUACGUUUCUAGCUGUCAGCUAUUGGUAUUAAUUACGCAACAGUCUUCAAAUGCUAAGCUUACCUUUCUGCAUGGUGAAAGAGUCAAGUGGGGGACUCAGAAAGCGGAAUACAAAAUGCCCGUCUUGUGGUUGACUGCCUUUUCUCUGUUCUUUCCAUGAAGUCAAAGCAGACGAGCUUAAGCUCAUUCUUCAAGCCAGCUCAACCGUCCUUUCAACCUCGCCGAGAUCCACCUUCAGACUCGUCCCUUCACGAUACACCUGCCUCCCCGUUUUUUGUUCAGGAGUCAACACCAACACAGCACACCAAGCUUGCAAACAAGUUCUCUUACUCAGAGAAUGAGGUUAUAGAAUCGAGCUCAAAGAGAACAAAGGAACAGGAAGACCUUCACCAACGCUUUGUGGCAAAAUUUGGAGACGCCGCAGAAAAUCGGCCUGUCAAAAAGUUCAAGGCGAAUGAUUUUACUGCCAAUGAAGUGAUCCAGCCAGAUACCCAAGUUUUGAAACAUAAGGUAAAAACGAACUAUACCCCUCUGGAAAUCCAAGUUGUUGAAUUGAAGGAAAAGUAUCCCGGGGUACUACUGGUUAUUGAAGUUGGAUACAAAUACAAAUUUUUUGGAGAGGAUGCCAAGACGGCUUCGAAAAUUCUCAACAUUGCCCACUAUAUGGACCAUAAUUUUUAUUGUGCCAGUAUACCCACACAUCGCCUCCCAUUCCACGUGCGAAGGCUUGUCAAUGCUGGCUAUAAAGUCGGUGUAGUGAGGCAGACCGAAACUGCUGCACUCAAAGCAGUAGGCGAUAACAAGCAAGGACCAUUUCUGAGGGAGCUUAAGAACUUGUACACAAAAGGAACCUUUGUAGAGGAAAUGGCUGCAGCUGAUAUAGACGAGGAUUCUGGAACAUCACCUGGCUCGGGCUCAAACUAUCUUAUGUGCAUAGUAGAAGAAAACCGCGGAGGCGGAGGUCCCGAUGAAAGAGUUCGAGUGGGAAUUGUGGCGGUGCAACCGGCUACUGGCGAUAUCGUCUAUGACUCAUUUGAAGACACGUAUAUGCGAAGUGAACUGGAGACAAGAGUUUUGCACAUUCAGCCAUGCGAAUUACUGCUGCCAGCAACCUUAAGCCGACCGACAGAGAAGCUAAUCCAUCAUAUUGCUUUGCAAAGAACGACAGCCUUUGGCGAUAAUGUGCGUGUGGAAAGAGUACCAAAGGAUAUGGUCUUCGCCACUGACUACAAUGCUGCAUUCACUUAUGUAUCUGAUUUCUAUGCAAAUACUGUUGGCAGCCAGUCGAGCUCUCAAGGUGGUGUAAAGUCCGAGACGCUAUUCGCUGAGAUUCUAAGGCUUCCAGAUGUCAUUAUUAAAAGUCUGGCACUUACUGUCAAGUAUCUCACGGAUUUUCAACUCGACCACGUUUUCAAGCUUACAAAGUACUUUAACCACUUCUCUUCGAAAUCUCAUAUGACCCUGAACGCUAAUACCAUGGCCAAUUUGGAAAUAUACCGCAAUUCAACGAAUUAUGGAGAAAAGCAUUCGCUAUUUUGGAUAUUGAAUCAUACCAAUACAUCUUUUGGAAAAAGGCUACUAAAGCGAUGGGUUGGUAGACCACUGAUCAACAAAGGGCUAUUAGAAGAAAGAACAAAUGCUGUGGAAGAAUUGAUAUCUACCGAUAAUCCAAAGGUCCCAAAAGUACGAAGUCUUUUAAAGCAUCUCCCUGAUUUGGAGAAAGGAUUGUGCCGCAUUCACUAUGGAAAAUCGUCACCGUCUGAAUUGUUGCAGGUUCUGAAUGCGUUGGAAAAAGUAGCAGAGCUUUUUCACCAAGCUGCCCCAGUGGCAGACAUUAAGUUUCGUUCAUCCCUUCUCAAUACCAUUUUCGAUUGCCUGCCUCUUAUUCUGGAGGAAGUAGUUACAUUGAAGUCAAUGCUGGACGUCACUGCUGUUGAACGAGGAAACGAUGUCACCAAUCUCUUUCAGUCUGAUGAACCUUGGCAGGAGAUAAGUGAAUAUAAACUGAGAAUAAACGACACAGAAAAAGAAUUUCAGGAGUAUCUUAAGGAGUUACGGAAGAUUUUACGAAACUCAACAACUCAAUAUGUUACAGUUGCUGGUAUCGAGUAUUUGGUAGAAGUGAAGAAUACUGAGCUUAAGAAAGUCCCUCAAAAUUGGAUCAAGAUUAGCGGUACAAAGGCAGUUUCGAGAUUUCAUACGCCGUUCAUCAUUGCAAAGGCGAAAGAAAAAGAGCAGUAUCGCGAUAGAUUGAAGAUAGCUUCGCAAAAGGCUUACCAGGACUAUCUACAUCAAGUGUCCGAAAGAUAUGAGCUUUUCCGUGAUGUCGUUCAGAGGCUUGCUCAGCUUGAUUGCCUUUUAUCUCUUGCAACGGUUGCCAUUCAGCCUGGUUAUUGCAAGCCCGAAUAUGUUGAUCAUCUGAUGAUGAAGGUGGAAAACGGUCGACAUCCCAUGGUCGAGCAACUGCUCGCAGGCGGAUUUGUACCCAAUGACGUGGAGUUUGACUCUGAUGCGUCCAGGACCAUGGUUCUCACUGGUCCGAAUAUGGGAGGAAAAAGUUCCUAUAUUCGACAAGUUGCUUUGAUAGCAAUCAUGGGUCAAAUCGGUUCAUACGUUCCUGCAGAUUCAGCGCGAUUGGGCAUUCUAGAUGCAGUGUACACAAGAAUGGGUGCAUUGGAUAAUCUUCAGACUGGAGAGAGUACUUUCAUGAUAGAGCUACAUGAAACGUCGGACAUUAUGAAGCAAGCGACGGCUAGAUCGCUUGUCAUAUUGGAUGAACUGGGAAGAGGAACGAGCACUCACGACGGUGUCGCUAUAGCCUACGCUGUACUCCAACAUUUCAUAACGAAGAUUCAAUCUAUAACGAUCUUUGUGACGCAUUAUCCAUCUCUGGCCGAACUUGUCAAUGAACAUUCUGAACACGCCAAAAACUGUCAUAUGGCAUUUAUCGAAAACAAGGAAGAUGAUGAUCAUUCUACGCUUACAUUUUUGUACAAGCUGACGAAUGGGGUGGCGAUGCGUAGUUAUGGAUUGAAUGUGGCGCGCCUCGCGAAUCUACCCAAGUCGAUUUUGGAUGUGGCACAUCAAAAAGCAUCGGAAAUGGAAGCAAAGCACGAGCACGCAAAGGACAUGCAAACAGCCUAUCGAACACAACGAUUCCUAUCAUCUAUUUUUGGUCGACUUGAUCAAGACGAUAAUGUCAGGAAAGACUUGCAAUUACUAUACCGCCAGCUGGUUGGUUAAAUACCUCUUGACGAAAAUUAAAAUUUAAUAAACUCAAAAAUAAGUUUUGUCUUUUGGACAAUGGAUAAAAA